AUGCCAUACCUAGGUCCAAGAUCGUUCGAAACAGCACCUCUAACCGCAUCAAAUUUAUCUUGCUUGAAUAGUGAGCUGGGACAAAGGGUUAAUGCCCCAUCAUCCUCUGAAGUUACGGCGAAGAGUACAGGUGUUCCCUUAGUUUGUUCCAAAGUGCCUGAUGAAAUAAUCAGUAAGGAGAUGAAGGGCAGCAGCUCAACGUCCAAUCAGAGCUCGGAGUUCGAUUCCAUACAAUCGUCCACGUCACGUGAUUCAUCGUCACGAUCUGCGGAUGACGAACUUAUUGUUUCCACACCUCUGUCUUCUGUCUCCAGCACUGGCUCAAGUAGCAGCUUGCAUACUUUUGAUGUUCCAGUCAACCUCCCAAGCAGAGAAUCGACUAUUUCUCAGGGAGACAAUCAGACGAUUGUUGGCGAUGACGAAAAUAAGACCAUCGUGUCAGAAAAGCCGACCGAUCUCAAUCUCAACAACCCUGCCUUACACUUCUCCAUGAUGGCUUCGAAGCCAACAAAUCAUUCUUCCUCCUCAUCUUCUAACUUGCAGAGACAGUCUCUUGGAACUCCAUUAAAGAGAAUUGCCAAGUCAUUUGUCGACAAUACCUCUUCAACCAAGCCUCACAUACAGAGGCCAAGGCUUCUCAGAAAGAAGUCUGGUGAGCCUAUCAAGUCAUCGCUCAAGCUUCCAUCCUUGGUCAGAUCUGAGUCGAUGCCAAAUUCGAAAUCCGUUCGGUUUGCACCACAGUUGGCAGACGUGAAGUUCUUCUUCAGAACAGAAAAGCCGGCCGCCGUGUCCAAAGAGACCUCAACUGUGCACCAUGUGCACUCAAAAAAGCCGGUUUGGGACUUUGGAAUGUCUUCUGGUUCUUCUGAUGAAGAAGAAGAAGAUAAUGACUCUUUGCUUGGCAAUGAAGAGUGUUGGGAACUCGUGUCAAACGACUCUGCCCCAUCCAAGAUGGACGUCAACUUUGCCAGAUUUUCGACCGGCCGGCCCGUCGUUUUGGAGUCGGUGAAACUGAAUUGUUCGAGAACGUCGUUGAUCGGCUUUGUGUAUGUCAAAAAUGUGGCGUACCAGAAGAAGAUCGUUAUACGGUUGACCACAGAUGACUGGAAAAGCUACAUGGAGGUGGAUAGCGCGAACUACAUUUCGUCCAAUCACAUCUUCAAGUACUCGGACACAUCCUCAAGUUAUGACAAGUUCUCAUUUAUCCUCAAGCUUGACUCUAUAUGCAGCAACAAGCCUCUGGUGUGUGUCAAGUACUGCGUUCAGUACAUAUCCGGUGGUCACGUAUACUGGGAUAGCAACCAUGGCCGGAAUUUCAGUCUUAUGCUAAAGAGAGCUGGUUCGACUACCGGAGUAAGAGUUUCUGGUCAUCAUUCCUCAUCUCGUACAUCGUUCAGUUCGGUCGAGCGGUCGCUGUUUGCUCCAGAUGAUGUUGGAUUUAAGCUCAAGAAGAACGAUAACUUCAAUGAGUCGUUCAACUCCUCUGAGAAGUUCGAGUUCCAGCCAAAGAAGGCCAAGAACUAUCUUCUGAAGAAGAUCCAGUCCGAAUCAUGCAUAUCAUCUCUGGCUACACAUCAUCUAUCUGUUGCUUCGUUGAACGCAGCACGCAUUCCAAGGUCUGCCAGACCUGCAUCUGCCAUUCGGUCUGAAUUUGCUCCUAGUAUUCAUUAUAGAAAGGCCUUCAUGAGUGCAAGAAAGCCAUCAUUUGCUCCACAAAGACCCAGACCCGUUGCUUUUGGCACAGUGAACGAUUUCAAUGAUUACAAUCAGAUCGUCAAAAACUUCUGCUUCUGUGGUUCUGAUACAAAUCCUGCAGGCUCUUCUUACAACUCCCCAAGCCAUAUGAAUUAUGCAGCAGCAGCUGCUGCUGGUGGCCGUAGCCUAAAUAAUGACUUUUCUUCAUUAUGCUUGAGCUAA